AUGUUUCCAGGGGUCAAGACUUGGCAGACGCGGCUCCCUCAGAGCAAGAUAGACGUGUACGAGGAGUACUUCAUAAAAUCGUUUUCGUGCGACUCAAUAUGGCUUGUAUUACUAGGACUUCCCAUGAACAUUCGAAUGCCUGGCAAGGCUUUGCUUUUGCUGGUCGAGUUUGACCCUGUUACUUACCAGGGUCCUCAAGUCAACAAGCUAGAUUUUCAAGCUCACUCAUUGCUCAAAAUACACAGUUUCAUCGUCGAUAUUGCAUUUGAGAUGAGAGGUCCUCUUGUCAUGCAAUUGCAAUACCUAGAUGGCCCAUCUGUGGAAAAGCUGUGCGAUGCCAUGCAGAGACGGGUCGAUAACUUUGUGAGGAAUACGAUGCCGUAUGCCAUCGACCCCUUUCACGAAACGCGAUUCCGUCGUGCGCCAUUUGGUGACCUUUGCUCUAAGAGACUCAAGUUUUCCCCGGUCGAAAACUUCAAUACCAGCGGUUGGAGUGCUUCCCUCAAUCGUGCCGCCCUCCUGAAAACGUCUUACGCUUCCAUCUCGACGAAUAUCACUUUCCCUGGCUUUGGCCAGACAAGAGACGUCCUCAGGCAGCUCCUCCUGGCAGAAAAGACAUCGCGAGCGGUUCAAGUAAUGAUUCAGGAGAAGAAAGAUGAGAUCCGCUACGUCAAACAGCAGGCAGUGGCGCAAGAAAUGUCUUACAAUGUUGUCUACGGAGACAUCAAGUUGUUGGAUUUGGACAUUGGCGUUUUGAACCGGUUGCUAGAGUCUAACGAAGGGUCACGACAUCGUUGGCGAGCAGUUCACAUGUCGGCCUGGAGAGCAACAAUCAAACCUCUGAAGGUGGUAGAUCUGCCGAACGAGAUCUUGAUGCUCAUCUUCUCUAACUUUCGAGACAUUUCAGCUGAACAAGUCCUACCUAAGACUUUUCCUUCGGACGAACAGGUUCCCAACCCAGACGUCGAAAACAUCAAGAACAUUCGACUUACUUGUCGAGCCUUCUGCGACGUUGGCUCAUGGUUUCUAAUCCCUCUUGUGGACAUAUUCUUCACGCGACCUUCCCUUAAGUACCUCGAACAGGUUUCAAAACAUCCAACCAUUUCAAAAGGCGUACGCAUGAUUCGUGUCCAUACACAUACUUACAAUCCUUUACUCGCAAACGAUCGCAGCCGGUUUGCCAAGGCAACUGCCCGCAAACUUCGUUCAUUCGGCCGGAAAUUUGAUGACGAAGCGACCAAAGUUGAAAAGGAGAUAACCGAAGAUUUCUCUCUGCUUGGGCUCUUUCCAGGACCUAACCAUUUCAAGAUCGAUGGUUUUGAUAUUGCCCGGGAGGAAGCUCGAAACGUGAUGACAACAUUGAAGAGACUGAGACAACAAGAUCCUGAAACUGUGACGUCGCUUGAUCCAUUCGAGACCAAAAUUAGCAAGGCAAUCACAGAGGCCCACGAUGAAUAUAGACGGAGAUACCAGGAGCAGAAGAGCCUCAUUCAAGACGGCCACCUGCACGCCGCCAUCUCCGCCGCCAUUCGUCAGAUGCCUUCCGUCCGGAGACUCGACAUGAGCGAUGAAUGGCGUUACCAGUUGCACGACGUCUUCACGAGUGGGUGGGACAAUCGGCUGGAUGCGCGAAAGUACAAAGCCAUUUUGCAGGGCCAAAAUCCAUUUUGGAAACUGAUGGUUCACGCUCGUGAAUGGGGGGAUAAAUCAUUGGAAUGGGCUGCUCCCUUAGAAAUCGCAGCUGAAGAGCUUCAAAACCUACGAUACGCUUGCCAGCAGCUCAAACUUGUCCAGGUCUACGUUGACCUGCGUUUCUACCCCGUCUCGACGGCCCCGACCUGUGCACUGCUGGACGCAAUGCUUAUUUCGCCUGGACUGGAGGUUGUCAAGCUUUCCCUGUUACCUGGUCCUGAGUUCCAAGUUCUUGAUUCAGCUACAAGACUAGGCCCUAUGCUUGCAAAUUUACCUCGGCUCAAGCUGCGAAGUAUUUUCCUCGCGAAUUUUCCCGUCAAGAGUGCAGGACUCAGGAAUCUUCUGGAUAAGGUGUCCGGCAAAAUUCACUUGGAUUUGAGUGGUAUCUACUUAGUGGAAGGCACUUGGGCAGAGGCUCUUGAACUUAUGCGAGGCAAGGUAGACUCCUCGUCGCGAGUUGUGGAUCCCCGGGGAGCCAACAUCGGGACGGCUGGUACUCCCAUCAACGAUGCCCAGGACCUGCAUCAUUCUACAUCCGGGGUGGAAACAUUCCAAACCCAUUGA